CCUUUACGUUUCAUUUUAAUUAAAUUCCAUAAAGCUAAUCCCGACACGCAACUCGUGAUAGGAAUAAGAAAUAAGGAUUACUGAAUGCAUUUGUAAAAUCAGAUGGUAUAUAAGGCACAAGUUAUGUCUUGUGUUCACACAUUUGUCUAGCACUUCCAAAGAUGUAUUUAACAGUGUUUACAGUGUACUUGUUUAUCUCAGUUGCGUACGCUCAAUUUCCAAGGAGGUGCACGGAUUCGGAAUCACUGCGAGCAAGAGAGUGUUGCCCAACUUUCACCGACGAUUCAAAAUGCGGGGAAAGUUCGAAUAGAGGAAUAUGCUCGCCAAUCAACACGGCACCACUGGACCUAACACGAAAUGAGACAAUCCAAUUGCUUUUGGACGACAGAGCAUUCUGGCCGCGAGCUUUUUACGAUCGUGCGUGUCGUUGUUAUGGUAACUUCGAUGGUUUAGAUUGUUCGUCAUGCAAGGCAGGUUACCAAGGAGAUAAUUGUGACGUCAGAUCCGCCCUUAGGAUCCGAAGAAACUUUACGUCGAUGGAUAAGACGGAUAUUCAGAAAUUCGUUACAAUUCUUGACGAGUCAAAACGCGUCACGAGCAAAAAUUACGUCAUACUUGUGACGUCAUACGAUCGGAUCCUUGCUGGAGAAGCUCCGGAGUUUCUUAAUAUCUCUGUGUACAACUUGUUCGUGUGGAUGCACGCUUACGUUUCAAGGGAUAACUUAGUCUUUCAGGAUGACGUCAUUAACAGCAGGUUAUUCCCUGACGCAGAUAUAACUCAAGAAAACAGAGCUGAACUCGUCCGCGAACUUUUGAAUGAAAACGUCAACCUUGACGUCACUGCUGACGUCGACUACGCUCAUGAGGGACCAGCUUUUCUUCCUUGGCAUCGAUACUACCUGCUUAAGUGGGAACAAGAGCUGCGUGACGUAGUCGCCAAUGACGUCACUUUUACCAUUCCUUAUUGGGACUGGCGAGAUAAUCAGGACUGUGACGUAUGCAAUGACGUAAUGAUGGGCGGAAAUGACGCAGAUAACGUAACACUUAUCAGCCAGGGGUCCCCGAUUUCAAAAUGGGAGAUUAUUUGCUCCAAAGGAAACGAUUAUAUUGAAGGUGGGUCCCAAUGUACAGGGGCAUCGGAGGGGCCAUUGCUUCGGAGUCCAGGAAACUACGAUCCUACCAAGAUUUCUGGCUUGCCUACGUCACAGGAGGUCGAUGACGUCAUAGUAAUGUCAACAGCUUACGACACAGAUGAUUAUGACGUAGCUGCGAAUCAGAGUUUCCGGAAUUUGGUUGAAGGUUUUGCUAAUACCACCACUGGUGUCGCAGAUCCUUCCAAGAGUUAUCUCCACAAUGCGGUUCAUCUUUUUAUGAAUGGGACAAUGUCUGAAGUUGCUACGUCAGCAAAUGAUCCCAUAUUUGUGCUGCAUCAUGCUUACGUAGAUAGUUUGUAUGAGUUGUGGCUUCGAAGGCGAGGCAUUCAAGGCCGGUUUGACGUCACAGAAGGUGUACAGUUAGGUCACAGAGCCGAUGACUUCAUGGUUCCCUUCUUUCCGCUUGUUAGAAACCGAGCGGGUUUCGCUACCUCCACUCGGCUCGGGUACGUAUACGAUUACAUGGUUGAUGACGUCAUUAACGACGUGGCGAGCGGUGACGGGUUAGCUGAUGACGUCACGGACCCGCCGACGGGUGAAUUCUCGGCUAGAACCAAAUUUUUAUUUCGCGCUUCUUCUGCGGGUGUGGGUUCAAAAUUGGCCGCGUCUCGUUUCGCCGGAAGUAGAAACUCUCAACGCAACUUCCGGUCCCGCCCUCUGGGUGAAGGUGGGUUCACUUUAGAAGGGAAUCUCCCUAACGUGGUACUCACUGCAGGCGAAAGUCAAAUGUUGGUGGCCGAAAAUAAGGCUGCAGCCGUUGACGUCAUUACGUUACCCACUACCGCCACCAUGUGGGAGAAAGUGAAAUCCUGGUUCGUGAACUUGGCCCGAGCGAUUCGGAAUAUGACAUCACGUCAAGUCACGUGGUUCGUGAUCGUUUGUUUGCUGAUAAUGGCGGCGAUGUGGGCGUUCGCUUGUCUUUGUCGUUCUCGAAGAUCCAGAAAACGUCAUUGCUGUUCGUCUAUGACGUGUCGUUGUUGCUAUGACUACGGGAUGCAAGAUGGGGAGGAGGUCGCGCUUCUGGAGACCAAAAGUGAUGUCAUAGUGAAGGGAAAAGUGAUGAAAGCGAAAACCUACAUGUGAUGACGUCACUGUCUAUUCCUGGUGACAUCAAUGCGUAACAGAAUCCUAUACUUGAUCAUUUUAGGAGAUAUAUCUAUUUUCAGUGUUUCCCGUUUUAUCUUGUAAAUUGAAUCUGAAUAAAAACUUCUGUGCAACUCUA